UAUUAGGUUUUUUUUUCUCGCUGACAAAGGCAAAUGAAGCCAUGUUUUUGCUUACAAACAAGUAACAUCCCUCACGCCUCGAUCCGGAGCCGUAGGCCGGUGCUACGCUCGACGGAGGCCGUUCUCUUCUUCCUCUGUAUUUACCACAUCUGGACCUUUUGGACCGGAAUACAAAAAUCAUCUUUAAGCAUUCACGCGGAUAUUUUUAUAAUUAUUACUACUACUACUAUUAUUAUCUAAAGAAAACUUCAUCUUCAAUUCUUAAAAACACAACGAGGACGCAGCGACGAAAUAUUGUUGAUUGCAGAAAAUGAGUUUCGGGGCGAGCUGGUGAACCAGCGGUGGACACGAGGCGAGAGGACCAGCAGCCGCUGUCAGGCCUCCCUGAGACUGCAGAGCCGUCGACCAAUCAUGAUGAGUGUAGAAAGUGAUGACAAGCGGACUCGCACUCGUUCUAAGGGAAUCAGAGUUCCCGUUGAGCUCAUUGGACAGGAGCUGAGCUGCCCCACACCUGGAUGCAAUGGCUCUGGCCAUAUCAGUGGGAGAUACUCACGACACAGAAGCAUUCUGGGCUGCCCCAUAGCCAGAAAGCGCCGCCUAGAGGAGGCAGAGGCAGAACAGGAACAGGAAACAGAGCGUCCAGCAUCCAAGAGGAAGUCCCAUCCCCUGAAACUGGCCCUGGACGAGGGCUUCAGCGCAGAAAGUGAUGCCAGUAGUGAGGCUGACGGCGAGGGCGAGAGGGAUGGAGAGAACGGAGGCCAGAACACGGAGAAUGAGGAUAUGGAUGCUGUUGCAGAGGAAGCGAGGAUGACCAUGGAAGACCUGAUACAUGAAGGACAGACGAAUAGAAAGGAAGAGGAGACACAGAGUCAACAUAACACGGAAGAGGAGAGGGAAGAAGAAACAAAUCAAAAGGACAUGUCUGCAUCCGAUGAAGAAGAAGAGUGUGUCAUCAUUGAGCCUCCAGUGACGCAGGAAUGUCAGUCUCCCUCUCAGAAUGCUGAAGAAGUGGCCAACUCUCUACUCCACCUCGGCCAAGUCCCUGCUACCAGCAACAACAAUGAUGGCCCAUCUGUGGCCGCCCUGCCACCUGUUGCUAUGGAGACUGAAGGGGAUGUCACGGUGGCUGCUGAACAGGGUGAAAAAGUAGAGGAGCAGAAUGGGGAUAUGGCAGAGACAGAGGAAGGCGUAGUCGGCAGAGGUCAUGACAUGGAAGAGGAGACUGAUGGAGUAGAGGAGGAUGACAGAGGAGAGCUUGACGGUCUCACCAAGGACGUCCACCAUGAUCCCAUACCAGAUGAAGAACAGGAGACAGCAGUGCCAGCACAGCAGAGAUUGAUCACUCCAGAAGAGGAGAAAGAUGCGGAGGUGAACCCCAAUGUGCCAACUGCUGUCCGCACCAUCACCAGCACCACAGCAGCUCAGGGAACACACAUUAAGACUGAAGACCACAGGGUCAGUCCUCUGGAGGACUACAGCUCACAUGAAGAUUAUAGUAUGACUAGAACCAGUCCACUCGACAGAAUUGACUCUCAUAAACUAAGCGCACUUCAAAACUACAAGGCCAGCCCUCUUUUAAAAUACAUCUCCCACAUGGUCAGUCCACUUGAGGACUACUCACCAAACACCAGAGGUGACAACUUUAAAAUUCACAAAAUCUCGCCCUCUAUCUCCCCUGAAAUUAUUGAGGUACAUUCCGACAAGUCAGAGGAGAAAGACUUUGACGACGUCGAUGGCGAUGAUGAGCGCGAUGACGAGGACAGCCUCUCACAGCGCUCCACAAUCACCGACGAGUCUGAGAUGUUCGACAUGACCCGAGGCAACCUGGGCCUCCUUGAGCAAGCCAUUGCCCUCAAAGCAGAGCAAGUGAAGCCGGCCGGGCCCAGGGAGCUGCUGGGUGUGCCCGAUAUCCAUCACCAGAGAUACUUCACCAUGGAAGACCGCCCCAAGCACCUUGAUGUCAUCAGAAAGAGCUACUUCAAAGAGAGUAGUAGGCCAGAGAAGAGAGAGAUCAAGUGUCCCACCCCAGGGUGUGACGGGACAGGUCAUGUGACCGGCCUUUACCCCCACCACCGUAGCCUGUCAGGCUGUCCUCACAAGGACAGGAUCCCCCCUGAAAUUCUGGCCAUGCAUGAGAAUGUGCUAAAGUGUCCAACUCCUGGCUGCACCGGUCAGGGCCAUGUUAACAGCAACCGUAACACACACCGCAGUCUUUCGGGAUGUCCCAUUGCGGCAGCGGAGAAGCUGUCCAAGAACCAUGACAAGCAGCUCUCUCAACCUGGCAGCGACCUCCUCAAAGGCAGCCCCAAUGACAGAGUGCUGAGGCCCAUGUGCUUCGUGAAACAGCUGGAGGUGCCCCAGUAUGGCUACAGGCCUAACGUGGCACCAACAACACCCCGAGCCAACCUGGCCAAGGAGCUGGAGAAGUAUUCCAAGGUGUCUUUUGAUUAUGCAAGCUUUGAUGCUCAAGUGUUCGGGAAGCGCAUGCUUGCGCCAAAGAUGCCUUCCAGCGAAACCUCACCCAAAGCCUUCAAAACUAAGCCCUCAUUCCCCAAGUCAUCAUCACCCACCCUCAGCCUCCAUGGUUACGGCAAACCCUCCUCCAUGGCCUAUGACUACUCCCACGAUGCUGAGGCCGCCCACAUGGCUGCUACCGCUAUCCUGAACCUGUCUACACGGUGUUGGGAGAAGCCUGAGAACCUCAGCACCAAACCGCAAACCAAGGAAAUGGAUAUAGAGGUAGAUGAGAAUGGUACUCUGGACCUAAGUAUGAAGAAGCCCAUCAAACGCGAAGGCAGCCUGUCUGGCACCAGCCCAGGGGUUCGGUCCCCAGACCCUUCCUCUUCCUCCUCAUCCUCUCUGCAUCACGGUGGAAGCAGCGGGAUGACAUCACCAAACCUACAGAGCUACAAGCAGGAGGAGUGGGAGGGGCCUCUGGAUUUCACCAAACACAACCGCCAAAGGGAGGAGGAAGUGGAUGAGAUGGAUCACGCCGGACAGUCAUACGUGUCAUCUGACCCAGAGGACAGUGACAUGAUGCAGGACUGUAUGGAGGAUAGGAAAUACCCUGGAGAAGUCACCACCCCAAGCUACAAGGUCAAGUUCCAGCCCAAGGACACCAAGAAGGAGCUGCUCUCAUGCCCGACACCUGGCUGUGAUGGCAGUGGCCACAUCACCGGGAACUAUGCAUCUCAUCGCAGUCUAUCUGGGUGUCCUCUCGCUGAUAAGAGCCUCCGGUCCCUCAUGGCGGCCCACACCCCUGAACUCAAAUGUCCCACCCCAGGAUGUGACGGCUCAGGUCAUAUCACAGGGAACUACGCCUCCCAUAGAAGUCUCUCUGGGUGCCCACGUGCCAAGAAAAGUGGAAUUAAAACUCCUACCAAGGACAACCAGGAGGACUCGGAGCUUUUAAAAUGCCCGGUGCCGGGCUGUGACAGCCUGGGCCACAUUAGUGGCAAGUACGCCACGCACCGUAGCGCCUACGGGUGCCCGCUGGCAGCCCGAAGGCAGAAGGAGGGGCUCCUUAAUGGAACACCUUUCAAUUGGAAGGCCUUCAAGACAGAGGGACCCACAUGUCCCACCCCAGGCUGUGAUGGCUCCGGACACGCUAACGGCAGCUUCCUCACACACCGCAGCCUCUCAGGAUGCCCCAGAGCUUUGUAUGCCAAGAAAAAGGCCAAGUUUCCUACAGAGGACUAUCUCAGCACCAAGUUCAGAGCCAGUGAUGUUCUCGACAGCGAUGAGGACAUCAAGCAGCUCAACAAAGAGAUUAAUGACCUCAAUGAGUCCAACAACGAAAUGGAAGCCGACAUGGUCAACCUGCAGACUCAGAUCACCUCAAUGGAAAAGAACCUGAAGAACAUAGAGCAUGAGAACAAGAUGAUCGAGGAGCAGAAUGAGGCUCUGUUCAUGGAGCUGUCUGGGCUUAGUCGGGCCCUGAUCCGCAGCCUGGCCAACAUACGCCUGCCACACAUGCAGGAGCCCAUCACGGAGCAGAACUUCGACAGCUACGUGAGCACCCUGACCGACAUGUACACCAACAAAGACUGCUUCCAGAGCCCUGAGAACAAGGCCCUGCUGGAGAGCAUCAACAAAGCUGUGAAGGGCAUCAAAGUCUGAAACACACAGAAGAGUGAAGCUGUCCUAAAAAAGCAUGACCGAGUCGCAGGGAUGUUGAAAUACAUAUACAUGUAAUUCAAAAACAACAAAAAGGGAAUUCAGGUUAUUUUAAUACACAACCCAGGGAGCAAUCUGUGAGAAGAAAAGUGACGCGGACCAAAACCCCCAUCAUGCUGCUUCUGGGAUCAGUGAGGAUGUAUGAAGAAGAAAGAAGUGGAUGGAAAAGAAGACUAAGGCGACUACAUCUGAGGCGUUCAGUAUGCUGUAUGUUUACUCAUGUCUCCUGUGUGUCCUGGGACGUGUUUGAGGACAAUGUCGCUGUUGCCCAGAUGAUUCGAUUUUGUUUUUCUUAUCGCUUGAAACAUGGAGGAUGGCGCACUUGGACAAGAAGAGGAAGACACAGGAGGAGCCGAGCAUUAGUUCUGUAGCAUUCACUGUGGCAAGUGUGUGUGUGUGUGCGUUCACCAGCUCUUAACGGCCCUGCGACCACACACACAUACACACACACACACACACACACACACACACACACACGCACCCCAGCAAUAUGAAGCAUGCACUAAAUGGAAUGUGUUUGCUUUGCGGUACUAGUGGAGCAAAGGAGUCAACUGCGCAAUGUUUUGUGAACACAGUCUAAAGUGGCGAGUUCAUCCAGGACCAGCAGAGGUUGUGUUCAUUCUUCACGCGGCAACCUGAUGGAUUCCAUGUUUGAAAACGCAGCAGAUUAAACGUUUUGUUUGUUUUUGUUUGUUUGAACAGACAGGCACCUCGUCAUCGUGUGCACACGUGAGUCAGUCAUAUCAAUAGUAUUUAUAUCCACAUAGGAAUUGCACUUCAUUUCAAAGAAUAGUUUUGUGGUACAAUAAUUAUUGUUAUAUAUGAAUUAUUUAAAUUUGUGAGCAUUUAAAUUGUAACUUAUUGACAUUUAUGUUAUUGAGGUUUAUUUAUUUGAAGCAAUUUAUUUAUUGACUUUGUAACACACACACACACACACACACACAAAAAAUGCAUCUUUACUGAUUAAUAUGGAAGCAAUUCACAUGUUGAGAAUCUAUAUUGUUAACCGUAUUUUCCUUUUUGAGUACUUUUUAAAACAAAUGUUUUAUAACAGAAAAAAUUGGGGGGAUAUUUUCUGCAAUUGCUCUUGUUUUUUGUUUUUUGUUUUUCUCUUUUCAAGAUUCAAGAUUCAAGAUUCAAGAGAGUUUUAUUGUCAUGUGCAUGGUAAAACAGCAGUUUGGUUACCGGUAACGUUGAAAAACUCACUACUGAAAAAAGUAAGAAAAUAUGUAUUUAUUAUUUAUUUAAUAUGAAAGAAAUUGACUGAUGGCUGUAUAUUUAUUUUGUUAUUUAUGUGCGUGAUGUGACGACGAUGAGUCUGAGUAGUCUUAAAGAUCCACUGCUAAUAUUUAAAUAAAGAAAGAGGAUCAGCACAGAUAUUGUUUGAUGACUUAGGCCAACAUGCGUAGUCAUACCAGCAGCUGAUUGGAAAGACUGAAAGCAAUCACUGUUGCGUUGCUACAUCUGUUCUCUGUAUUGUUUAAACCAGCUCACGUUUGCUCUGUGGCAGAAAACCAAGGAAAUUCAACAAAAAAGUGACCUCCCCCAAGCGUAGUGUAGCGGCCAACAUGGCUCACCCAAAACCUCUGUAAUGUAUCACACAUGCAUUUCUUUCAUUUGUAUGUAUUUGCUUAUUUUCGGCCCGAUGACACAGUACGUCCAUGGAGCUGGACUGUUCCGUUGGCUUUCAAACACACACAUGCGUCCACAAAGCAAACUGUAGGAUGGCCUCCGUUUGACAAAAACACACACCCUUGUAGCCUUACUGUAGAAAUUUAAUUUUUUGAUGCACAAAGUGCCACUAAAAACAAAGGAAAAAAAAACUCUCUUUAUUUCCUGAUUCUUGGCAUUUCUGCAAUGUUCCAAUGUCUGGUCCCGGGAAGACCACAGCAUCAAGAGAGUGGUGAUUGUUUCAGAUGCCUUUAUUUCUCUGCCAAGAUGGCCAUAAGUACACUAUAUAUUCAUUCUGUAUAAAUAGAUUUUAAAGAUACUAUAUAUAAGAAUAUAAACAUACAUAUAUUUUUCCAGUGUAAUUGUGGACUUGCUCUUCUACUCCUUAUCAAAGCAUCACUAGCUGUCUAGAAGGGAUGCGAGGGCUGUUAUCAAUAGGAGGCAGUUACACUAAGACCUGCUCAACUGUGGCUUUAAACAGAAGGCAAGUAGGCAAUGUUAAUGCUACAUCCACUGCUUUACUUUAUUUGUCUGUCCUUAAUCCAGAGAUGUGUCGAAAAACAUGAAUCAGAGAUCCCUACUAGGUGGUUGGCUCUUUAUUUGUAAGUGUCAUGUGAGUUACCGUACAGUUAAUAAGAAAAAAGUGUGAAAAAACAAAACAAAAACGAUGAUGGCUCUGAAUAAUGUUCUGCACAUAGUGUUUGGCUACGUUGUGCAGUUAUUGUAUUGUUACCGCUCACCACCAGCUGGUCCUCUUCACUCCUGAAACAAGCAAGUAGGAGACUUGGAAGUGUAAACCUGCCUUUGAGUGGUCUGUCACAGCUACUGUGGUGUACAGUAUGAUCCCCGUGUGUAACUCUGAUGUCCAAGGCAUGUUGUCUGUGUGCUUGUCGCCAAUGUAUAAAUGAAACUCCGGUGUGCACUUUCUUAAAAAACGUUGAAAAUGCCAGCAUAAGGAGCGUCCUCCUUGAUUCUGUGGCCUGUGCUGUCAGAAACAUCGCAGAAAGCAAAAGUCCCCCCUCCCCCAACCCAAAAAAAAACAAAAAAACAACAACAACAACAAAAGAGAUUGGCAGCUAACAGGUCAGCAGUCGGCCGAAUCCUCGGGCACUAAGCAAGAAGGCCGAGUGUGUGUGGGAGUGGGACAUUGAUUUGCCAGUCUACACAAGCUCCCUCUUGGAAGUGUUUGUUGCAUAAAUAUGUGUCCAUCACUCCAAAGAAUGUCAAAACCUUUUUUGAGUCCUCCUCCCAUGCCCCCCCGCCUCCCCCGCUCCCCUUCUCCUCACGUCUUGUAUAACCUUUCCUCAGGAAAGCAUUUGGUUAACAAAGUAGCAUAUUCUGUCUCUCUUGAAAUGCACGAGAACACUAUCCAAGACUGUGAAUAUUCUCCUAACUUAUUUGAUAUGGCAUGACCCCUUUUAAACCGAAAAUGAUGAAAAUGUCUAGCGAGGUAUGUAAAUGAUUAUCUGAGGCCGUAAAAGCGUAACAUUUUGGGAAAAUGUCAGAUGAGUUACGAGCGGUAGCCUAAGGGUGAUGCUUCUGUGCCCACACUGUGUUUUCUUAUUUACAUAAAAUUGCCCAGUGAUGGAGUCAGGAGCUGCAUUAUUAUUAUUAUUAUUAUUAUUAUUGUUCUCAAUGUGGGAAAAGUCCCUUUAAAAACAUCGCUAUCAGGGCCCAGUAUUUCCCAUAUGGAAUUUAUUUGACACCAUGCCACGUUCAGGGAAACCAGCCCGCACCAAAAUCCAGCAGUGAAGUUAAAAAGGAAAUAAAAGGGCGCACGUUUGCAUUCUGGUUUGAUGUGUGUCAAUUUCCAUCAAGCUGACUAAAACCAAAAGACACCCCCACCUCCAACGCUGUAGUUUCAAGCUGUGUGGUCUUAUCAUGUGUGCCUUUCUCAUGCCACUCAUUCAAAAAAAAAAAAAAAAAAAAGAUGCUAUGUUUACACUGCUUCAAAAACAGUUUGAACUGGAGAGGAGGUACGACUAAGACGAGUUUGGGGAAAUAAGUCUCUUUUUCUAAAAGAGAUACAAACAGGCAACAAAGAAACUGUGAUCUCAUUCAGUUGAUUCAGGUACCAAACUGCAUGGACAGUCUCUGUGAAGGAAAAAACAAAAAAAUACCCCCCGACCCCCUAGAUACUGCAUCAGUGUGCAGGGCAUUAUUUUGAAAGUCUCUGUACAUAUUUGUCUUAAGAGCAAACAGUGUUCUAGUUGUUGUAUUGAAGACUAUUUGAAAAUGGUUUUAAAAACAAAAGAAAAUGCAUCCACAGCCAAGGCUCGUCCCGCUAGCGCAUUUUUACAGAGAUGAGCUAUUUUUACUGCUGAUUUUCUAGGCAUUGAUAUUGAUAUCCUUUUAAAUAAGUGCAAAACUUCCAAACUUACAAUCACUUCCACAAUGAUAGAUUGUAUGGUAUUUUUUGUUACUUUUGUAGAUGUGGUUGUUCCUUUGCUACUGCACCAUUUUGUAAAGUGGGACAGGCCUUGGCUGUGUGUCCUCGGGUCUUUUUUCUUUAUUGUUUCAACAAUAUGAUUGCCUUUUAUUUUGGAAAGUAAGACGCUGUAGUUUGGCCGAAUUUGUGACUGUGUGUUUGUGUACUCGUGUACAUGUUCCCCUGUUCCUGUGUCAGUGUUCUAACCCAGAGAAGUGAUGUCAGUUAUCGUGGGCGUAUGAAUCCUUUUAAAUGUUCUCUAUGAAACACGCAAAUAAAGAAUCAUAGACAAGG